AUGGCAAUCGACUUGUCCACAAUGUCCUUUGGCUGUUUGGCCAUCUUGUUGUUGGUGGCCAUAAGUAAUGUAGAGGGCAGAGAUACGCCCAUUGUGAUGUUACCAUCGGUUGUGAGUUGGGACGAGAAGAAUCAGUUCGUCAUUACACCGUUCCGAAGCUUUCGACCGGUCGAUAUUACGGUAACAUUGACAGGACCGGGUGUUGAAGAUACUGUAACAGAUUUGAGAGGCCAGUUGAGUGGUCGACCAGUUGUGGUAGAGUUGGUACCAAAUGGAAGAGCACCGUUUUACAAUGUCAGUAUCGAGGUGACUGGGCAUGGUAGAUUUGAGAGUACGAUGAUGGGGUCGACUGCUCUAAAAGAAGUUAUCGUACAGACUGACAAGAUGAUAUAUAAGCCUAGUGAAGAAGGUAUGUUGUAUAACAUUAAAAUUCUAGUAACCCGUAUUAAAAUUUUUUUUAAAUAUUUGUUAAUACUUAAAAUUACAGUAAGAGUACGAUCUCUGCCUAUAACCAAGGAUGGCUUGAUAUACGAAGGAGAAGUACAGUACCAUCUCGAGGUAAGUGCCAUUCUUUUUUAAAUUUUAUUGCUUUUAGAAUCCGAAUGGCUUCAGAAUAAUGAAAAAGUUAGAAAAGUCGACUGGUCGAUUUGUCGCUUUCAAUUUUACAUUACCGACCUUUGGAAAGUUCGGCAGAUGGAAGAUUGUCGCGAUAAGUGAGAAGAGUAACCAAGUGCUGGGCAGUACUACUAUUCAGGUCAAGGAGUAUGGUAUGUUUACUUUGUAAAUAAUUAAAAUUUUAAGAUAAAGUUUUCAUAUAUAUUUUAAAAUUCGUAUUUUACAGUACUAUCUAAGUUCUUGGUCUCAUUGGAAGCAAAGCCCUCUGGCAAUAAAGAUCGACCGGUCACUGUAUUUGUUGGAGCAAAGUAAGACUAACAAGAAGAUUGUACCUUUCUUUAAUUACAAUAUGUAUAUAGUAUAUUGUAUAGGUUAGUCUUAUAUUAUGAUGAAAAUAUGAUUUAAAGAGAUUUUACUAUAUAUCACAUAACUAACGUUAAAUCACGAAGUAUAAUACUAUAGAACUCUGUUUUAGACUAGCUCAUGGCAAGCCCAUGGAUGGGAACGUCGUACUCAAGUGUACUCGAGCUGGUGAUAUUAAUGUACAUUCACAUACACAGACCAAAAUUAUGGCUGCUACGGUGGGUUUCUGUACUUAA